AUGGCGCCCGCACCACCCCCACAAACAAGCGUCUCAAGCCUCCUCAACCCAUCCAUCACGACCCACCUCCCAAUCACCGUCGCCAAAGCCAUCGAAACCGGCUCCGCCUCCAAAAUCCCCUCUAUCGAGAUCCUCCCUCCGAAAUCCACUUCCGCCCCCAAAAGCAUCCCCACAUCCACCUCCACAUUCUCCACCUCCAUCAUAUCCAAAACCAGUUCCACCAUAUCCGGAACCGCCACUGCAUCAGCAACAUCUACUGCCGAUAAAGGAGUAUUCACUCGUCCCUCUGGGAGCCUUACUGCGAUUAUCACGAUGAUUAUUGUAGCGAUUUUUGUGGCGUAUUGUGUGAUUAGGUGUUGUGUUUGUAAGAGUAUGCGGAAGAGGAAGGAGAGGAAGGAGUUGGAGAGGGAGAGGGGGGAUUUGGAACGCGAGAGGGUGAGACAGAUGAGGGAGAGGGAGGCGAUUGAGAUGGCGGGGAGGAUGAGGGAGAGGAGUAGGAAGGAUGGGUGGGAGGAUGUGCUUUUGCAUGGGAGACAUGUUGGUUAG